CAUUUCCGCCACGAAUACGGGCUGGAGAUCUUGUGUGUGGAUUGUGAAUAUUGGAGGUUAUAGUGCUUAUUUUAUAGUUAUUUGUGCACCAGUUUUACACAAAACAAAUUUUGAGGACGUUGAUCACGUUACAAGUCGUUGUAGGCACUAAAAGUGCGUCAAAUGAUUGCCGAGAACACCAGAAAUGAAGAUAGCCACCAUACACACGAAACAAAUUGAAACAUUUAUUUUUACCCUACCCUCCCUUGCUAGAAACUCGCUCAAAUUUUAAAAUUACCCACCAAUAAGUUUCAACUCAUUAAGUAUAGAUAAUUAAAAUAAAGUUUUAAGUUUUUUUUUUCGUUAAUUUUAAUUAGUGUUUAAGUGGAUAGAAGAAUUUUAAUUUUAAAAAUAUGAAAAUACCGGAGACGACUGCUAACGUUGGAGCUUAUUAUGGCAACGAGGAAAACGGCCAGUGGCAGCCAAACGGCGUGAUCAUAGACAGCGGCGUGGGCGGCGGCGUGGUCGGAAGCGGCGACGCGGGAAUCCACCGGCCCCCGGUCUACCCUGUUCACAUCCCCCGAGCUCAUAUGCCUGGCUACGUAAUGGCAGGCGCGUACUACCCCCCGGCGGCGUACCCGCCCGUACCGGCACAGCCGCAGCCCGACGACUUCGCUGAUUACAUGUGGAUGGAGAACGAGGAGGAGUUCGAUAAGCAGGUUAUGCAACAGUUAGAAGAGGAAGCCCUAAUGGAACAGUGCAUCGAAGCGAUGCUCGAAGACGAACAGCGCGAGAGACACAACCGACCACACAACGCACACAACCACCACUAUCCCACAACAAGUAACGGAGCGUCGUCUUUAUCCCUGGAGGAGACGGUGUCCCGGUCGACGCUCAACCCCCUCGCCGCCGAGUUCGUGCCCACCAGGCCACUAGCCGGCGCCACAGAAGAAAGACAAGAAACAGCCCCAGCUCCAGUCACACAGCCAAGCGCAGAAGACACGACAACACACACGCCGACACACACGGAACAAGACAAAACAGAAGACUCAGUACAACCACAAAAAGAUCCACCGGAAGUCAGUGCAGCGGACAUAGACAAGAGACCCAAAGACAAGCCUUCGAAAGCUAAGAUAGACACAAAGAAACCACUCAAAACGGAAGUGAAGAGCAAGGCUAAGCCGCAAACGGUGAAAUCGGAGACUAAAGUAACGCCUAAGAAGAAAGAAGUUAAGACUGUUAAGAGUGAAACAAAGAUUGAAGAGAAAAGUGAAGAGAGUGACGUUAAGCCAUCUCCAGCCCCCUUAGAAGACACCCAAUCAACCGGAUUUAAACCAAUAAACUACGCCGCCGCAGCGAAGGCGAAUAAACCCAAAAAACCAACAGCAACCAUAGACAAACCAGCCGCCCAACCCAAGGCAGACAAACCCAAGCCCAUAGACAAGACAGAAAAAAAAGACAAAACAAAAACGGAAAAGGUCAACGUACAGAGAAAAAACUCCGCCAAGUAGGUCGAAUAGGUGUUUUUGGCUAAUGAAAAAAACCUUUUUGGUAAAAAUAAUUAUUGCCCGUGUACAAAUUUUCUGGCAACACUGAACAGGUUGAAAGUAUUUUGUAUACUCCCGCCUCGUUACAGCAUUGUGUAUAGUUUGAAGGGUUUUGUGAUAUUUCCAUUUUUUGAAAAUUUGCAUUUUUUUUUUUGGAAAUAAUAAUGGUGAAAAAAAUUACAAAAAAAAUAUGAUAGUGUAAAAAUGAUGUAUGGUAACAUUAUUAUGUGAAUAUUUAGCUCGUAAAAAUAAUAGAAUAGUUUUUAACUUUUUUUUUUCAAUUUGAGACUAGACUUGAUUGUUUUAAUGAAUUUUAAAAUACAGACAUCCGUUUAAAAUCCGGAAUUCCGGAUUCGGAUUCGUCACUCGCUACUUGAACUCUGUAAAUUCAGUUACAGAUUUCGAAAACCGGAAUUCAAAGUCCGUAAAUCCGGAUCCGGAAUUCCGGAUCUAUUUUUCAUGUCACAAUUCAAGGUGACAAACAUUUUUUUUGUUUAUUCCGUUUUUUAACUCCUUUAUCCACUAAUAAAAUUGAAAAGACUUGAAUCUGUCUCAAAUAUCGAAAAAAAAUACGAAAAGAGCCUAAAUACGGCUGUCCAUUGAAUUUUUAAGGAUUUAUGGCCGUUUCCAAUAUCCUAUCUAUGUGUUGGCCUUGCUUACUAGAGAUAGGAAUUUGAAAUUACUUGUAUGGAGCUAAUUUCUAAAUUCUAUCUCUAGUAGGCAAAAUUCAAUAGAUGGAUAGAAUAUUGGGAACAGCCGAUAAAAAGUAGAUUAAAAAAAUAAAAAUAAAAUUCGUAUUGUAUAUUGAUUAAAAAAAAA